AUGGCCCGCCUGGCCUUCUUCGCCGCGUUCCUUUUGCAUCUUCAACCCGCCUUCGCUUCCUUUUACACAGUCACUUCGUACUUUGUGCUCACUGAGACCUCGUCAAAGCUAUACUCGACAUGCGUCGAAGACUGCCGGUACUAUACCGCCACGAGAACUCUCACUGUUGACCCGACUAUCACACCCACUGCGGAUCCCAUCUCCACGACCACCAGAACUUACACCUACGAUGACCUCGAGAUCGUCAGCGUCUUCGUCGGGCCGGACGCAGUCGACGCCGGGGACGUUUUCACAUCGUCCACUCGCGUUGCUAAUGUCUUCACCGACUACGCGGUCACCGUGGUUUGGACGGCUCCCUCGUCCUGCCCCACGCCCUUUACCGUCACCACCCACUCCCCCGUUUACCUGCCGUAUGAUAUCAGGCCGUACGUGACGGCUGUCUCGACCGCGACCUCAGUAUGGACAAACACCCGGGAAACCGAAACGGUAACCUGGGUAACCAAAUUCAUCGACGCAAGCAUUCUUCCCCCGUCCUCACGCCCCACGGGCGCUCCGACAACCAACUACUACUACUCAUACUUUGUUGAGAACUGUCGCAACCCCACGGCGACCGGUCCCGCGUACUACGGGCCGACCGCCACCGCGAGGGGCGGUGGCAGCGGCGGCGGGGGCUCUCGGGGCGGGGCCGACGACGACUGGGACUGGAACGUGUGCUCGGCGUACACGGGGUGCGUGGUGCUGGCGACGUGGGUCAUCGUGAUCGCGGUGCUCUUCCCGACCAUCUUCCUGAUUGGCUUCAUUGAGUCGUACUGCUGGUUCCGGCGCAUGAUGCUGGGCCGGAGCGCCCUGCGCCUGGGCACCAUCUGCUGGUGUGUCAUGUCGUUGUGGUUCAUCCUGCUCACGCGCAAGUCCAGGGCCCGCAGCCCCGAGGACCAGGCCCUUCUGAAGCAGUACUGGGACACCCUGAGCGCCGGCACCAGGAUCAAAUACUGGUUCAAGUAUGGCUUCCGCUGGAGGUACCCCGUCGAGUUGCUCGGGAACCCGGAUGGGAACAACCCUGUCAUUGUUGCGGCGCCGCCGCCAGGUCAGUUCCCUCCUGGCCAGCCGGGAGAUGGUUCUGAGAAGCCGCAAGCCACUGCGCAGCAACAACCCAUUUACAUGAUGCAGCCUGGGCAGCAACCCUACCCGGGACAGCCAUACAUGCAGCCUGUUCCAGGACAACCAUACAUGCAACCUGCCCCUGGGCAACCAUACAUGCAGCCGUACCCCGGGCAGCCGUAUCCCGUGCAACCGGGUUUCAAUUUCCCCUUCCCCCAAGGACAGGCGCCAAUGCAGGGGCAGCAGCCAGGGUUUGCACCAGCGCCACAGAUGGGUGACGGGCAACGACAGCCGCAGCAGCAAGCCAUGCAGCAACCUUAUAUGCCCGCACCCUCACCGGCCCAGACAGGCACCACCGAAGUCCCUUCAGGACAGCCGACGCCGCCACCGGGCCAUGGGCCUUCGCAGACCCAGCCACCGGUCCAGCAGCAGCAGCAGCCACCGUCGCAUCCCUAG